CAAUCUUUUGUAAAAAAAUUUCACAGCAUACCCAAAUUAAUUUAGCAUUUUUAAUUUUCAGUCCUAUUUUAGUGUUAUUACGAAAUUUGUGUAUUUAUUUAAAAUAAUAUCAAAGAAAUGGCAAUAGGUGAUAUGAAAACACUUCAAGAUAUAAAAAAUUUAAAUGAUUAUUUAUCUGAAAGAAGUUAUAUUGAAGGAUGGCAACCAUCACAAGCUGAUGUAGCAGUUUUUGAAUCUUUAGAAACUGUCCCUGCAAUAGGAAAUGUACAUGUACUUAGAUGGUACAAUCAUAUAAAAUCUUAUGAUCACAAACAUUUACCUGGUGAAAAAUCACUAACAGUAUUUCAAGAUCAUACAAUAACUAUUGAUUCUGUUACGCAAGUUGAUGAUGAUAUUGAUUUAUUUGGCUCAGAUGAUGAAGAGGAUGUCGAAGCAAUAAAAAUUCGAGAAGAAAGAUUAAAAGCAUACUCCGAAAAAAAGUCCAAGAAGCCUGCUUUAAUUGCGAAGUCAAAUAUUCUAAUAGAUGUGAAACCAUGGGAUGAUCAAACAAACAUGGAUGAUAUCGAAAAGUCUGUUAGAUCCAUUAAAAUGAAUGGUCUUGUAUGGGGUGUCUCAAAACUUGUGCCUAUCGGUUAUGGUAUUAAAAAACUACAGAUAAUUUGUGUUGUUGAGGAUGAAAAAGUUUCUGUUGAUGAACUUUUAGAACAAAUUGAAGAUUUUGACUUAGUUCAAUCAACAGAUAUUGCGGCCUUUAAUAAAAUAUAAAA